AUGCCUCCUCAAAGACUUGAUUCGCGCCCGCACGGCAUCCCACCCCGUGAUUUCAGAAUUUCUGAGAACACGACAAGACCGCACACACCAAUGACACCAUUGACUUCGACCUCCACAAUGAUAUCAACUAUGGUUGCGACACGUGGAGUCACAAUCGAAGUCAUUUCGCUCAAUGGCGACAUGAGCCGUACAAAUCCAGAGUUCGAGAACAUCGUAAGAGCCGCCGUUGAUAUCGCACAUGGCGACGACCCGAGGAUAUCUUCUGGCGAACUUCUCAUUGAACACGAUUUGGAUGAAGAUAAUCGAUUCAAUGCAGCUCUACACUAUCACGAUAGGAGCAUGAGAUCGCUGAGUGUAAAAAUAAUAUUCGAUUACACGUAUCGAAUCAAAGCUAUCAACGAAAUGAUCGAGUUGGUGGAUAUUGAAACUCUUGAUUGGGAUACUUGCAGCAUUUGUAUUGAGUCAUAUACCACGGCUACCACUCUAAGUGAGCGCGAUACAGUGGUGACUACUCCAGAAGAGCCUGAUACUUCUGACAAUACAAACGGUUUCGAAGAUUCGAUCGAUAUUUCAAACGAUACUAAAGAUUCGAUCACUAUUUCAAAUGAGCCGCAUCACGCUGCAGUGAAAAUGAAGAUAUGUGGGCAUGUCUUCGGUAGGCGUUGUAUUACACAAUGGUUAAAAGACAACAAUACAUGCCCAAUGUGUCGUCGGAAAGUGUUACUACCUAUUCCAUUUCACCUACAGAUGUGGGUAGCUUAG